AUGAAUGCACAAUUAUUUAAUUCUAAUGUGCGUGCCAUUAUAUUUACAAUUGUUUUUUAUUAUGUGGUCUAUAAUAUCUCUUCAUUUACUAUUUUUUGGCCACCAGGUAUACAAUAUGUCUUGAUGUUUUUUUGUCCUUAUAUUGGUGGACAUUCACUUUUUCAACAAGCUGUAUUGUAUGAUUUAGCAAAGAAAGAUGUAGAAAUAUUUCGAACUAUUUAUCGUAAUGUACCGAUGUAUUUUUCGACAUUGAUUGUUAUGCUUCUUAGUUGCGUUUUUUAUUGGACAUUAUCAUGGUAUUUGGAAAAAGUCUUUCCAGGUGAAUAUGGUAUUCCCCAGGAUUGGAAUUUCCUAUUCAAACGAGACUACUGGCAUAAAGAAACGACUAAAACUCAAAUAUAUGCAUUUGAUAAUCAUGCAGCUACACUUACAAGACCUGCUGCAUCGCUUGCACGAACAAAUUCAAUUGGUGCACCUGUUAUUCAUGUUGAUCGUUUGGUUAAAAAAUUUGGUCCAGAUAAAAUAGCAGUCAAUGAAGUUUCAUUUGAUUUAUAUGAAAAUCAAAUAACAUCAUUACUUGGACCAAAUGGUUCUGGUAAAACAACUAUAUUUAAUUGUUUAAUUGGAAUAUAUAAACAAACAUCAGGUACAAUUACAAUUGAAAAUGAAAAUGGUAUUGAUUAUGAUACAAGAAAUAAUAUUGAAAUAUUAAGAAAAUCAAUGGGUUAUUGUCCACAACAUGAUAUUCUUUUUGAUUUAUUAACUAUUGAAGAACAAAUACAAUUCUAUGCUUCUGCUAGAGGAUUUACAAAAUAUAAACAACAAAUAUCAAAUGAAAUGCUUCAUUUAGUUAAUCUUGAAAAUUCAAAACAUUCUUUUUGUAAUUCAUUAUCUGGUGGAAUGAAAAGACGUCUUUCAUUAGCUUGUGCUUUUGUUGGUAAUACAAAAAUUAUCUUACUUGAUGAACCAUCAAGUGGACUUGAUCCAUCUAAUCGUCGUUUAUUAUGGGAUUGGUUACGUACAAUGAAAGAAGGAAAAACUCUUCUAUUAACAACACAUUUUAUGGAAGAAAGUGAUGCUUUAUCUGAUCGUAUUAUGAUUAUUUCAAAUGGUGUUAUUCAAGCAGAUGGAACAUCAGCAAAACUAAAAGAACAAUAUGGAUCUGGUUAUAAACUAAUUAUAAAUAAACAAAAUAAUUAUGAUACAAAUGACAUUGAAAAUGAAUUACGUAUUUAUUUACCUAAACUAACUAUUGAAAGUGAUAUUCCAAAUGGUGAUGUUGUUUUUCGUACAAAUCAACAACCAAAUAAUCAAUUUGUUCAAGCAUUACGUCAACUUGAUGUGAUGAAAGUUCAAAAUCGUAUAAAAAACUAUGGUGUACAAAAUAGUACAAUGGAUGAUGUAUUUUUGAAAAUUACAAAAGAAACAAAAGAUGAAAAUGAUUCUGGAACAACAUCAGUUAAUAUUGAACACAUAGAUGAACAAUGCCGUUAUGUUUUCAAUGAAAGACAAUUUUUUCAUGGUUGGCGUUAUUAUUUAAGUCAACUUCAUGGUUUAAUUAUUAAAACAUUACUUGUGCGUUAUCGUCGUUGGGGAUUGACACUUUUUAUUUUAUUAUUGCCAAUUGUUUAUAAUCUCUUAUCAAAUAUAAUUUCUCGAAGUAAAAAUGCAAGUGAUACUUUUAAAAUGGAAACCAAUUUACUUAAUCCACAAACUAUUCUAUAUAACGUUGAUCCAAUUAUCGAAAAUUAUUUUCAAGCAGCUAUUGGAUCAAAAUCGAAGGAUUUAAUACUCGAACAAAGAUCAGAAAAUAUUACUGAAAUGAAUAAAUAUAUUUGGCAAAAGCGUAUAAAUCGUCCAUACACUUAUACUGAUAUUUAUCUUGGUUUUCAAGUACCUGCACCACAAGGAAAUACAUAUAAAAUACAAACUUUAUCAUCAAAUUUAAUAUCAGGUUAUGAAAUUAUUUCAAUUGCAUCAAAUAUAUUCUAUAAAUAUGUAUUAAAUGAUACUAGUGCAUCAAUUCAAACAACAUUAAUUUAUAAGAAAACAGGAAAUUUAACAAUAGAACCAACAAUUGGUAGUUUAUUGAAUGUAUUAAGUAUAGCAUCAUGUUUUCUUAAAGUUUUACCAGCUUCACUUAUAUUAGAUGUAUUCGUUUUCUAUGUAAUAUUUCUUUAUACAACAAUAUUUCUAGUUAGUGAACGUAAAGAUAGCUUUUUAUCACUACUGAACAUUAGUGGUUUACAUCCAGCAUUCUAUUGGCUUUUUAAUUAUCUAUUCGAUAUUCUUACUUGUGUUAUUUGGUUUUGUUAUUUACUUGCUAUGUAUUGUAUAUUUGAUGUCGCUUUUAAUGGUUUACCAAGUAGUCGAACUGCAUCAACAACUAUAAUACCAAUUGAAUUUGCUAGUUCAUGGGAUUUACGAGUACAAUUUUAUCCAUUAACAAUAAUAAUUGUAUUACCAACAUUACCAUUUGCAUAUCUCAUAACAAAAAUUUUCAAAAGUGAUCUUCUUUGCGGAUUAUCAGUAUUAUUUAUACUAAUUAUUCUUCAUAUGAUUAGUAUUAUUGUACCAGUAGUUAUGUCAUUAGUUAAUAAUACAUUUGUUCAAAAAUUGAUCUAUUGGUUAUUUAAUAUUAUUUCACCAAGUAUAAAUGCACAAGUUUUAAUAACAUAUAUGUUAGCACAACAAAGUAAAUUUUGUCAAGUACUUAUUAAUAUUGAUUUCUCAUUUUUUAAAUCCAUUGGCAAUGACACAAUUGGAUUGAAUUGGGUGAUUCUUAUUUUACAUAUUCUUAUUUUAUUAUUAGUAUUAAUUGCUAUGGAUAGUGGAUUAUUAAAAUUUUCAUUUUCAUUUUCAUUUUUAACACAUCCUUUACAGUGUGACGAAAAUAUGCUAGAUAAUGAUGUUUUAGAAGAGCGUCAUCGAGUUUUAAAUUUAAAUUAUUCAGCAACAAGUAAAAGUCUUUUAAAUACAGACAACCAUGAAGAGGAACACGAAACAGAUCAUUUAGCAGUUCAUGAUCUUGUUAAACGUUUUCCAGGACGUAAUACUUUCGCUGUUAAUCAUUUAACAUUUGGUGCUAAACGUGGUGAAGCAUUUGGUUUACUUGGUUAUAAUGGUGCAGGUAAAACAACAACAUUUCGUAUACUUGUUGGUGAUGAAUUAGCAACACAAGGCACUGCUUAUAUUGAUGGACAAAAUAUUCAUCGUCGUUUAAGAUCUAUACGUCAAUUAGGUUAUUGUCCACAACAAAACUGUAGUAUGGACUUUUUAACUGUUCAAGAUGGUUUAUAUUUAUUAGCACGUAUACGUGGUGUAACUUUUUCACGUAUACAUUUAGUUGUUCAAACUAUUAGUUCAUUAUUUUUACUUGAUCCAUUUCUUAAUAAUUAUAUUCAUCAAUUAAGUGGAGGAACUAAACGACGAUUACAUGCUGCACUUGCAUUAAUUGGACCACCAUUAGUUGUUAUUCUUGAUGAACCAACAACUGGCGUUGAUCCAAAUGCUCGACAACAAAUGCAAGAAAUAUUUCUUAAUGCUGUCAAAUCCAAAUUAACAAUUAUAUUAACAAGUCAUUCAAUGGAUGAAUGUGAACGUAUAUGUAAUCGUCUUGGUAUUAUGUUUAAUGGUCAAUUAGCUUGUUUGGGUACAAUUCAACAUUUAAAAUCCAAAUUUGGUCAAGGUUAUACAAUUGAAAUAAAAGUUCGUACAACAUCUGAUGAUAUCAAUACAACAACUAUUCAAAAUGUUCAAUCAUUUUUAUUAUUACAAAGACAAUUAAAUGUUGAAAUAAGAGAAAUAACAUAUUCAACAGGUAUAUUUCAAGUUAAACAAAGUAUACCAGCUGAUUUAUUUGAAUUACUUGAACAAAAUAAACAACAUUUAAAUAUUGAAACAUAUACAAUAUCACAAACAACACUUGAACAAAUAUUUUUAUCAUUUGGUAAACAAGUUAAUGAUAUUUUACAAUGA